AUGGAGGCUCCUCCUGUCACUGUGAUGCCUGUCACCGGUGGCACAAUCAAUAUGAUGGAGUAUCUGUUGCAAGGUAGUGUGUUGGAUAUGGCCCUGGAAAGCUUGUUGCAUCGUCUUCGUGGUUUGUGUGACAACAUGGAACCUGAGACUUUCACAGACCAUGAGCUUGUGUAUCUUCUGAAAGGUCAGCAGGGAAGCCCUUUCAUUUUGCGUGCCCGUCGCUCCCUCUCCCACCAAAACGCUCCGUGGCACCUACGCUACCUAGGUCAACCGGAAGUAGGAGACAAGAGUCGCCAUGCCCUUGUACGCAACUGUGUUGACGUGUCGGCCUCUCAUAGCCUUCCAGAGUUCCUCAAUGAGAUGGGGUUCCGCAUGGACCACGAGUUUGUGACCAGUGGCCAUAUAUUUCGCAAAGGCGCCAUGAAAGUUGUGGUAUGCAACGUGUCUCGUGUCCAGGUGCCAGGGAACACCGAGAGCACAGAGCGAAUGUCAAAUUCACAUUUAGUUGAACUGAGUGUGUUGGCUCCAGCUGGUCAGGACACCGUGUCAGAGGACAUGCGGAGCUUCGCUGAGCAACUCAAACCUCUGAUUCACCUGGAGAAGAUCGACCCGAGCAAGCAGAGACAUUAA